UUCCCUGUAAUGAAGAAAGUCGGAUGUAUACACUGUGAUGCUGAGGAAACAUUUUUAAGCACUGGAAUUUUUUAAAGUGGAAGUCAGAAGUCUCAAUAGACGAUGGAGUUGGGCCGAUAUUAUUUCAGAAGGUCUAGAUGCCUGCUACUCAUUAUGAUGAUAUUCAUAUGGGGAAUUUUCUACACAGCGAAGGCAGAUAUAUGUUUUUCUUCCCCAUGCCAGAAUGGAGGCACUUGCAUAGAAGCAAUGGGUGACUAUACUUGUUUAUGCCCAAAGGAACCACUUAUUUAUGUGGGUAAAGACUGUGAUCUACUGUAUGAUGCAUGCACACGUGUCAACUGUCCUAACUGCGUUAGCACUUUAGGAAUAGAUAGCUACUUCUGUUCAUGUCCAGUGGGCUUUGGAGGCCCUGAUUGUACUUAUAAAUUGGACCAAUGUAAGAGCAAUCCAUGUACUGGAAUAAAGAACCGAUGUGUGGAUGCAGUUAAUGGAUACUCCUGUCACUGUCCUAAAGGCUACAGUGGUGAAGACUGCCAGACUCUAGCAAUGGACUGCUCUCAUAAUCCCUGCUUUAACAAUGCUACUUGCAUACAGGUGUCACACAGCUAUGAGUGCAAGUGUGGUCAUGGCUUCCAUGAAAACUACUGUGAACAUGACAUUGAUGAAUGCCUGUCCCAACCUUGUCAGAAUGGUGCCAUCUGCUUAGAUGGUUUAGAUGUAUACCAUUGCUUCUGUGUGCCUGGAUUUCAAGGUUACAACUGUGAGAUGGACAUUAAUGAGUGCGCAUCCCAACCCUGUUUGAACAAUGGAAAGUGUACUAAUGGGAAAGACCAUUACAUCUGUGAGUGUCUAAUAGGAUUCACAGGAAUAAACUGCGAAGUCGAGAUCAAUGAGUGUGAGGGGUCUCCAUGUCAGAAUGGUGCUACCUGCCAUGACAAUGUAGGGCUAUACACAUGCGAGUGUGUGUCUGGGUUUGAAGGCAUCAACUGUGAGGUGGAUAUCAAUGAUUGUAUUAGCAUGCCAUGCCUCAACAAUGGCUCAUGCAUUGAUUUGGUAAACAGGUAUAAGUGUGACUGCAGUGGUACAGGGUUUUCUGGGCCAAUCUGUGAGGAGGAGAUUCUUGAAUGUGUGUCUGAACCCUGUCAGUAUGGGGCCACAUGUCAUGAGGGAAUUAAUCAUUACACCUGCCAAUGCUGGCCAGGUUAUAAGGGAAAAAACUGUGAGAUGGAUGUGGAUGAAUGUGAGAGUCAGCCUUGUGAAAAUGGUGGCAAGUGUUUUCAGCGCUCUGACGAGAGACAUUAUGGCGUCUUGGCUCAGCUGAAUACAUCGUUUAGCUAUGAGAAUGCUGCUGGCUUUCUGUGCAACUGCUUGUCUGGCUUUUCAGGUGAAAACUGUUCGAUGAACAUAGAUGACUGUCAAUUUGCACCAUGCUUAAAUGGUGGAACCUGUGAGGAUCUAAUUAAUGCAUAUCAAUGUUAUUGCUGUCCAGGGUUUACGGGUACCAUAUGUGAGGUAAACAUUAAUGAGUGCAUAAGUACACCUUGUCAGAAUGGUGCCUUAUGUGAGGAUGUCAUUAAUAACUAUGUCUGUCACUGCCCUGUAUCGGUACCUGGGCAGCUGCCUUGGGGUGGCCGUAACUGUGACAUUCCUUUGACUGGCUGUGUGGGUGGACCCUGCAACAAUGGAGGCACGUGUGAACCUUACCUACAUGACGGCAACCAUGUUUUUAAGUGCAGGUGUCCUUCUGGCUUCUAUGGCGACAAGUGUAAUAUGCCCACCACUUUCUCAUUUUCUAAACCAGCCUAUGUGGUGGUGGAGAUUCCUUCUAACACAACUUUCAACAGUGAAGCAACCAGUGUUUCACUGCGAUUUAGGACAACUUUACCAGAUGCAUUGCUGUUCUUCGGGGGUAAUGCACAACAUUUCUUUACAUUGGAGUUAAAUGGUGGAAACCUCCUUGUUUCAGCAGAAUCAGGGGAUUUACCACUGGUGAUUAAACUUUAUGGGGAUUUUAACAAUGGAUUAUGGCAUGAAGUGUCUGUUUCUGUAAAUAAUAUGCUGGUUUUGCGGGUUUUAGAUAAUAAUUACACCUAUAUUGAGCAGACAGAACACAGCAAGCAUCUUUUUUCCCCCCUACAUUGUUUGGAGAAAGUCUACAUUGGUGGGAUCCCACAAGAUUAUCUGAAGAAAAGAAAGACAUGGACAAGAUUUGUUGGUUGCAUGGAGGACUUUUUCAUCGGUUCUCAGCUAAUUCUGCCUCAUAACUUCUCAAAAGAGAGUGCCAUUUACAUUCAACUAGGCUGUGAAAAACCUGAAUGGUGCCAUCUAGAUUCUUGUUCUUAUCAAGGCCAGUGUGUAGAUCUUUGGACUAAAUAUAGGUGUGACUGUCAAAGACCAUUUUAUGGAAACACCUGUUCCUAUGAGUACCCUUCAUGGACAUUCAGCCAUGAGCAUAAUAGAAGUUUUGCUGCAUUUUACAUAACUCAGAGCCAUGUUGGCAACAUCAGUCUAUCAUUUCUAUUGCGAACACUGAAGACCAGUGGCCUUAUUCUCCAAUUGUAUCGAGGGAAUCAGGCAUAUUUUUCAGUAUUCCUAAGGAGAGGCACAAUCAGUGUUGCUGUAUAUUCUUUGAUUAGAGAGAGUUCUACAUUCAUCUCAGAUGGAGAGAAGGUGCUUAUCACCAUUGAUAUCCAAGGAGGAUUUUUGUACUUCAAUUUUACGGAAAUACUGUUUAGACCUGGUACUUUUCCUGAGCUUAAAGUGCAGGCAGGAGAUGUGGUGUAUCUAGGUGGACUUCCUGAAGAAGUUGACACUAUACCUUGGGGUGGGCACUUCAAAGGUUGCCUACAGGACGUGCGUCUAGAUGAUACUCAGCUCUACAUGAGCUCAAAUAAAAUGAUCAAAAUACAUGAACAAUCAAGCUAUUUGCCAAAUAUUUCCUAUAAUGUGCUGGAGCACUGUGUCAGUGAUGAAGCAUGUAAGGGGAGACCAUGUCUGAAUGGAGGAAAAUGUAUAAUCAAGUGGAAUGACUUUGUAUGUUUCUGUCCACUAAAUUACACUGGGAAAACAUGUGACAUUCAUGUUUGGUGUGCUAGCAAUCCAUGUGUCAUUGGUAGCCAAUGUAUGGAUCUGCCUGAUGGAUAUGAAUGCUUAGCCAAUGCUACGUUUGAAAACAAUGCUUUGAAGUACAGUGCCAAUGGCUCCUUAUCUGCUCCUGUCACACUGGUUUCUGUUAAAUUGCGCACUCGUACAGAAAACGGCAUACUUCUUCGUUCCUCAAAUGGUCUACAGUUUUUCUACAUGGGCCUUAUGAAUUCCUUCGUACUGCUCAAGAUUCAUACUAGCAAAAGCCAGGAGAUGUUGGCUUUCUACAGCAAGGUGGAGGUUUCAGAUGGAGAAUGGCAUUAUGUGGAUCUUAGGAAGACAGGCUCACUCAAUGCCACAUCUGUUUGGAACCUCACUGUGGAUGGGCAAGUGGCUGGUUUAAGCCAAACAUUUGCUGCCAAUUUAGAUUUCUUUAACCAUUCUACUUUGUGGUUGGCAGAAAAUUUUACUGGCUGUCUUGGUGAAGUCAGGAUAGGGGGGGUGUAUCUGCCAUUGGUGACGGGCAUUCAUGAAGAAGCCCCACAGUUUUCACAGUUUAUCUAUUAUGGUAGCCGAAAAGAGCCACAAAUUGGGUGCAGUGGUGCACCCAUGUGUUCCCAGCAUCCUUGUUUUAAUAAUGGCUCAUGUCGAGAUCUCUUCAACCACUAUAGCUGUGACUGUGCCCCAGGCUGGCAGGGUGAAAACUGCCAGGAUGAUGAUGAUGAGUGCAUCUCUCAGCCUUGCAUCCAUGGGACCUGCAAGAACUUACCUGGGGAAUACCUGUGCCAGUGUAACCAGGGAUACCAGGGGAGGCACUGUGAUGAGGAUGUGGAUGAGUGCCAAGAGCUGCACUGUGAGAACACAGGGACCUGUGUGAACACUAUGGGUGGAUACACUUGCAUCUGUCCACCUGCAUACAGCGGUCCACUCUGCCAAUGGAGCUUUCCUCCACUGCAGUGUGAAGUAGAUGUGCAUUGUACUAAUGGAGGAGUAUGUAUUGAUGGACCUUGGGGGGCGAACUGUACCUGCAGACCUGGAUACAGUGGAGAGAGAUGUGAGCUAGCCAUAGAUGAGUGCAAGUCCAACCCUUGUUAUAAUGGAGCAACCUGCGUGGAUCAUCAGGGUCAUUACCUUUGUGAGUGUUCACCAGGUUUCAGUGGAGAUAACUGUCAAUCACCUAGGCAGCAGCAAGGGGAGAACAUACCCUGGCUAGCAGUGGCGAUCCCACUAAUGUGUUUUGCUGCUUUGCUGGCCAUGAUGGGAUUGGGUUGCAUGAUGCUCACCGCACGAAGAAAACGGCAGUCUGAAGGCACCUAUAGCCCCAGCCAACAAGAAGUGGCAGGAGCUCGUCUCGAGAUGGGCAACAUACUUAAAGUGCCUCCAGAGGAAAGGCUGAUUUAACCAUUAAUUUUAACCUAGACCAGAAAAAAAAUUAACUGCUGAAAUGAUAAACUAAGUAUGUGAUUCCCUUCAUGCCAGGUUGCGUUUGGAAUAAUAUUAGAUUCUGUCUCUCACAGUGGAAAUGCACCUAUGAUGAAAAUUGUAGACCCC